CACCCUGUGGUUGACAUCUCUCCCGCGGAUGGAACUUAUUUUCAAAACAUUUUAUUUGCAGCAUCGGAAGCAGCAUGAGUGAAAAGAAGAAGGCUCUUUUUAUUUGUCUCGGCAACAUCUGCCGGUCACCAAUCGCGGAAGCGGUGUUCCUCAAAACGAUAAACGAUGCUGGCGUUGCAGAUCAGUGGGAAGUCGAUAGUGCCGCUAUAGGAUCAUGGCACGUAGGUCGAAGUCCUGACCAUCGGGCUCUGGCAACAAUGAAAAAGCACGAUUUGCCGUACAACAAUACAGCGAGACAAAUUAAGAAAGCUGAUUUUGAACAUUAUGACUACAUUUUCGGCAUGGAUGGAGAGAACAUCGCCGACUUAAACGAACGUGCACCUAAUGGAGGUGGUAAAGCGAAAAUAUUGCUGCUUGGUGACUUCGAUAAGCAACAGCCUGGCGCAAUCAUACGCGAUCCUUACUAUGAUAAAGGCUCGGAAGGAUUUGAGCAAUGCUACGUGCAGUGUGUACGUUGUUGCGAUGGCUUUCUGGCAAAGGUUCAAAAAGGUGAAAUUUGAGGCAUAGAUUGUUAAUGCAAAUUGCCAUGUCCCUUCAAGCGGUUUGUCGAUCUUUAAAUAAAUCCUUCCGAUUUUCACCCAAUUAUAUGUAAGAAGUUUUGAAUACACACGCAACUAAAUGAGAUAAA